AUGGACUACCUUUUUUGGAGGAAAAAUACAAUUAGAAGGCCAGAAGAUGAUAGAGACCCUUAUCCCUGGAUAGUCUGGUACAUAUGGAAGGCGAGAAAUGAUAAGCUAUUCAGGGGGAUUGAUAGGGACCCUCUGGAACUGGUCAGGUAUGCAGAGAGUGAAUGUCAGGCUUGGUAUAAUGCUAAGGAGUCUAUACUUAAACCCCCUCAGGCACCAAACACUGAAGUGGUACAAGCCUUAAGCUUGAAUAAUAUGUGCAUGGUGGAUGGCUCUUGGACAUCCACAGAUCUUUUCAGUGGAAUUGGAUGGGUAUGGAAGGAUAACACGGGCAAGAUCCAACUUAUGGGAACACAGAAUUUAAGGAGGCGGGAGACAGCACUACACUCGGAAUUGGAAGCAUUGAAAUGGGCAUUGGAAAGCAUGCUCCAACACUUGGGUACAUAUUGCAAGGACCUGAUAGCUAUGAUAAAGGAACCCCAAGCCUGGCCAAACUUUUCAACGGAGCUGGAAGCCAUUCGAAUCAUCCUCAUGUGUUAUUCGGAUUUCAAGAUCACCUACGUGCCAAGAACACAUAAUGAAAUUGCUGAUUCUUAA